AUGCUGAAUUUGAGCACAUUUCCAGUGUUAUCACUGAUCGUUACUGAUAAUUUGCAUGAAUGUGGUAAAAUUAUUGAGUCGAUUGAGGAGGAAUCAGAAAUUGAAUGUAUGAAGCGGAGUUUUGAAGGGAAAGUUUUGGAAUUGCAGAUCUCGCGAGUGACCGUUUCGUCGACGUGUGCGAAGUCGGAAGGUGUCAAACCGAAAGCCAUGAAAAGACUCGUCGGAAUUCGAAGUAAACCGUAUCCACCGUGUGGUAUUAAAAUCCAUAUGCCUGCGUCAAAUUACGAAUUGAGGUCACGUCAUCCAUCGUUGAAAUCCACAUCACCGUUCAAGGAUCUCGCAAAAACUUUGCCACCGAAUUCUGAGGCACUCAUCGGGAAGCGACGGAGUCCUCCAAUGCGUUCAACGUGA